AUGUCUGAUGAGGCAGCCAAACCUUUCAAAAAAGUCGCAGACACCGUGAGAAAGAAAAGAAAAACGACUUUGGCACGGUUCAGUGGAGAAGGGGGGAGUGCAAUCCAGGAGUGUUUCCUUUCGGUUCCUCCGGGUGCUGUGGCGGGUGAGGACUUCGUGGCAGAGAUUUCGGCUGAUGAAUGCGCGAUCGUCACCCUUCCGCACGGUGUCGGACCUGGUGAUUUGCUCCAAGUGAAAGUUUGCUACUCGGGCCAGGACACGCACCUUGAAGUCUUACAGCACAUCCAGCGUCCGGCGUUGCACAGCCACAACCACAGAAAAUUGAGGACUAUCAGCAGUGUAGCCGGCUGCUGUGCUAUGCUGGCCGUUACCAUAGCGAUUUUAGUGCCCAACUGGGUGGCCAUUACCGAUGGAGCCAACCAAGAACACAUUGGACUAUUGGCAAUACAGCGGGAAGGCUUCACACAAACUUGGUCAUACAUCGCGAAGCAGUGUGAAGCAGCAUGCCUGGAAGGCCUUCCACCGGAUCAGCUCCAAUAUCACCAGCAAAGGUGUCGCAGGGACUUCAGGUUGCGAUCUCUUGCCUGGUCGUCCUUCCUGGGGCUUCUGCUUGCCAUGUUGGUUCAGAUCUGGGCUGUGCUUUCUGUCACUGCCAUGCGGUUUUGGCAUGCCGUGGCGCUCGGCCUCCUUUCAAUGACACUGCACGGGUGGGCUGUCGCGCACUUUCUGUUUGAGGUCGGACGCAUCUUUCCAUCUUACAGACUGCGUUGGUCCAUGUGGUUCGAUGUUGCUGGUUUCACAUCGCAGCUGACUGCUUUGCUUCUGGUGCUUGUGCUGCGAAUGCGCGCUCAACAAAGCUCCCGACUCCUCGGUUUGGAUUUCCACUUUUUAGAGGAUGUCAUGCUGCUGAGAGAAGCACAGUUCCCUGUCGUGGCCUGGGGCAAUGUCAGCUGCUUUUCAGAGACGCAGCCGUUUGACGCGUGCUGCCUUGCCGGGCUGCAGUUGUAUGACACGACGAACCGAUUGUGCAUGUCCAGCUGCCAGCCACGGUCGUGCUUUCGUCAGAGAUCGUACACAAGCUGCUGCCAGGUCGCGAGACCGCUGCGAGUGUAUGGUCGCAGAAAGGCAGCAAACCAGUGCUUCAGUGGCUGUGGAGAACCCUCGUGGGCGGAAUUCCUGCGAGUCUUUCGCUUGUCCCACGGCUGUGUGCACUGUAUCGGGCGACACGACCUGAUACAAGCCGCGGAUUCCGUCUUGAAGCAGAGCUGGGUGCGAGGCAUCGAAGCUUGCCGUGCUGGACGAAUCGCUGCUGCUUUCGUGGUUCUAGUGGCUGCUGCUGUGUCUCGAGCAUCAACAGCCCCUCUGGCAGUCCAUUCUGCGGAGGCAGCAUCGCUAAUAACAGGCAUGAUGGCCUGCGAUCAUACCUCGUUGGAAUGGUGGCAACUUCUCGGGGUCACAGACCGGCAGAUGCAGUAUGUCGUUGCACAGAUGGAGCCGAUUCCGUUUCUCCGGUCGAGCAUAAAUCUCCCGGCGUACCUCGGUGAGGCUUUCAACUGGUCCACUGCCAGCUUGGACAUCGGCGCAGCAGGAUUCGGUGACACUCUCUACAUGCUGGCGCGGCAGAUGCGUGUGCUGGCCGUGGACGCCCGCCCAGUUACCUCAGAGCCCUGGAUGAUGAGCCAUGCUUGGAAGGCUGCUCGCAAGGGCCACCUUGAGGUGCUGCCACGGGCAGUCACUGCUAUCGGUGGGGCCACCGUCCCUCUCUUCCUUGACAGGCACGGGCAGGGGCUCAUGAGCUCGCUCAACACGACCAUCGUGCCAGGCGUCGACCUCCACGCUCUGGAGGAGAUCCAGGUUCAGAGCAGCUCCUGUGAUGAGCUUCACAGGUACUGGGCACGCGGCCGCUCCGUCACGUACAUGAAGGUGGACGUGGAAGAGCUGGACGUGGAAUGUGUUCGCAAGCUCUCCAGUGAUAUCAGGAUGUCGCAUGGAGCUAUCUCCAAGCCCGAGUUUUUUUCCAUCGAGCUCCCGGACUCUGCCGCCAAAGUGCUGGAACUUAUUGAGGUCUUGGGGGGCAUGGGAUAUACGUCCUUCAAAAUCUGUCGGCAGCGAUUGUAUAACCUUCGACUGGCACGUGGUCCACGUUACGCAGCAUCUGGCCCAUUCGGUCAUGAUGCGGUCGAUUUUCUUCGUGGGCCCAGAUGGCGCGAAGCUUCUGAAGUCACCAUGGAGCUCCUCCGCCUUGUCAACUGGGAGAGAAGGAGAUAUCUUGAAUGGUUUGAUCUUCACGCUGCAGCCAUAGCAGCCAAAAGGGGCCACAGCAUAGCCGAGGAGCAGUACGAGUGGGAUGAGACUGAUCCAGGAGCAGGCUGUCCCUUCUUGUGGCGUACAUAUGGGUUCACUCCAGCGGGCUUGUUCGGCACCUACAAGGACAGACGUUUCGGCUGGCUCCGUGCAUCCUUCUUGUACAUUCUGAGCCUGCCGUCGCAUUUUCUGAAGACCUUCGACUGGAACGGAAUUCGGCGAAUAUGGUACAGUCCGAAGUCAGAGGAGGAUAGGGUGCGAAAGUUUGGCGUGAAAUCCAUGGUCGUGAUCAACUACAUGCUCUACCGCCGCAGCAACAUUAUCAUGACUGUCGUGUUCCUGGGCUUGUUCAUUGCAUGGUCCCUGGAAGAUUUCCGCUCACGGAGCAGUGCGGAGGAGCUGGAAAAAGCCGUGGAUUUGACGAGCUAUGAGAAGUUUGUCAUGGACAAAGCUGCCACUGGAGAGAAUGCAACUUUCUUGUCCUACUCAGAAGAGGCGGCUCUCAGAGCACGGCGACUGGCAACAGCAAUUGCGGGUGUGCAGGAUGGCUUACGGCUUCUUUGCCAUGAGGCGCUGGAACUAUUUGAGAACAUCGCAGCUGCAAUCAUUACUUUCCCCUUCUUGAUCACAUUCGUGCCGACUUCCAAUCUGCUGGACUGGACGCUCUCUGAAAAGAUCUUUGCUCACCAUCUCGAGGAGGCGCGCAGGCACUUCCACACAGAUGAAAUCGUAGCAGCGUGUAUGCUGAACGAUCCUGCCGAGACGUUCGAGGUGGCACGUCCCGUCAUCAAGGCGGUGUGCCCUGUUCUUCAGCAACGUGUCCCGUAUGUUAUGCCGGGCGUCGUCAGGUUGCCGGUGCUUGGCAGAGCUGUGCCGGUUACAAUUAGCAGCUGGCUACCAUGGUUGACGAACAUGGUGCCAGAGGGGACAAAUUUGAAGCCAGUGCAUCAAAUCUGUGAGAAGGCGCUAAUUGUAACGGAGAGCAAUUUGACUGCCGACUUGGCUGCAACCGCGUCAGAUGUUUGUAAAAGCUUGGCGACAUUCCUGUACAAGAACGUGCCGGCAAAGGCAACGACGGCACUGACGGAGCUAAAAGAGGCGCUGCGUGAGAAGCAACAGGAGUCCACGGAGCAGGCUGUGUACCAGCUGCACUUUGUAGACAAGGUUGCGGGCUUGAAUGAGGUUCCUCUGCGGCUUUUCAGUCAAAACUGGAACUCCCGGCUGGAUGGGAUUCUGGUUCGAGCCGGGGGCGAUGGAACUGGCUGCAGCCUGUUCUCAGUGCCACCGUCAGUUGAAGCAGAGGAUGCUGUGGUCGUGGUGGGUCCAAUGGAGCGAGGUCGAGGCUCGUGCAGCGUUAGGCACAUCCUGCACCUUGCGGACAAGAUUGAUGUGCUGGCGGUCCUGAUUCUUGAUCCGAAGCGCCUUGUGAGUCGGGUUCCAUCUCCUCCAAGGGUGACAGUUGGUGUUGUUGCCUCUGCGCUUGACAGUCAGGCCAUCCUGCAUCUGCUGGAAAAGCCUGAAACGCACAGUGGGAUCCACGUUGACAUUCGGUAUUCUCCUGUCUUCGGCCUACAGCCUUCCGCGCGAACCCCCGCCGGCUGCCUCUGCAAAGGCCUGGGCUACGACUCGGACUGCAGGGUCCGACCGGCCGAGCUCCUGAGCAAAUCCUCUGCAGGCAGGAGCCCAUACCCGUGGUGCGAAACGGCCGUAUUCGACUAUUGGGGAGUUCCUUGCAAACAGGAUUUCGACCUCUGUCUUCCUCCGGGUGAGUCCGAGGCUUUCGAAAAGCCUGAUGAUGAAUGCACGACCCCGUGUGGCCGUGAUGGGAACGCGAAGCAUGACCUGUGCUACAUCACGGGGAAAUUGUGGCUGCGGAGCGCCCAACGCUGUGUUGCCGCACUGGGAGUUGCAGGAAAGGUAGAAAGGCCGGAUCAAGAACCAGAAGACUUCGAAGGAGGCAUGUUGAAUUUUGCUGGCGCCAUGAACAAGUUGUCGGUGAGCGGCAGGCUUCUGACGCUGAGCCCGGCGUUCGAUUGCCACUUUCGUGUGACCGUCGAAGGGUCAACCGGUGGGCACCUCCCACUUGGCGUAGACGGCCACAUUCGCUACAGCCCAACAACUGAGACUAUUGGGGAAUGGUCUUCUGCCGGCGUGAACGAACAAUUUAUCCACGAGGACCCGGAGAUAACGGAGCUGCAUUUCCAGCUUGAUGUCAAGGGAAAUGGUGUGCAGUUCGAUGCUGUUCGGUUGGAACAGCAGUGCCGAGCACAUGUCUCAGGCUCAGGCCAGUUCAGCGACUGGUCCUUAGUGCCACACGGGCAGCUCAGGACUCCAACCUACGAAGAGACAGGGUCCAACAGGAGAGCUCAGACAUCACGGCGGCUGAAAGACAGCUCGCCAUCGCAAGACAGCGAUGACGACAGCUCCGAUGACGACGGCGCAGACAGCACCAGAGUGAAGCUUCCGACUUGCAGUGAGUUUGUGGGCGUUCCUUGCAUUGACCCGACUGCGAAUUUGCAGACGAGGUGUUCCGACAAUCAGGUCUGUGAUUCCAACUAUACUACUGGUGGAAGCUUCUGUCGUUGUGCCGAUGGGUUCUGCUGGAGCUACAUAAAGCAGGCUUGCGUCGACCAGUCAGAGCACGCCCGGGAAGUGGUCUCCAAGCUGUUGGAUGAAACCUUGCUGGAAAGACACUCCCCCAAGCUUUGGGCAACAGCCAAAGAGGUCGCCACCGUUGGGUUUUGUGCCAUGGAAGCUGCGGAGAGCUUGAACAACAUCUUGCGCCAUGUUCUCGCCAUCGGGCCUGGCAUUCUUAUAUCCGCAUGGACAGCAAAGCUGAUCUUCGUACAGUCCACUAUUCCAGGGUACUUCUCCUACUUUUUCACGAUGGUCUACAGCCCGGCAGCCUGGGUUCUGAACAACGUGUGGCAUCAGACAGCAGAUGAUUGGAGAUUGUCGCUGGGCUUGGCAGCAAUGGCAUUCUGGACAAUCCCAGUCUCCGUGGUUGGAAUGAAGUAUGGGUUGCAUCGCCCCAUGUCCGUCGCCAGGGCCAUGAGUCUGGUGAAUAACCUGCUGCUGCUGUACUACUUUGUUCUUUUUGCGGCCGUCGUGUUCAUCGUGAUGUUUGUUUUCAGCGAUGAGCCGGAGAGUGAAGCAUACUUCAGUGUAAGUGCGGCUUUUCGUCGCAAGCUUCGACCAGGAAAAUUGAGCAAGACCGAGCUCUUGUACGUGCUGUUCGGAUUUCUCACCGAAUCCUUCGCCGUGUUUUUCAUCACCUGCUGUGCCGCCACGGAUGCCUUCAUCAUGGUAAUCGUGAAGGAGCACCAAGCAGCGUGGUCCAUGCUAACGAGAGGCAAGCCACUGCCGGCGGUGCAGGCCGUGUCGCAGCAUGCAGACUAUGCAGUGGUCUCGCAGAUCGGGAGCACUGUAUGUGCCUGCACGAGCGCUGCGGCCGAGCUUCCGAGACAGGAAAUGGCUCCCAACAAGUACACCUUGGACAUCAACGGGAAGGAUCCGCUGGAGCUCCUUUCGGACGACACAUGGGAGGCCCUGUGCUGCGAAGAGAUCACCAUCGUCCCUGCUCUCAAUACCGAGACUGAUGUCGACUUGAUUUCAGGGAAGCUUGGUCCACUGCGUGCUCACACCCCGCUGAAGGUGAAGCUGUGGGCAGCCUUGCAAUACGCGUCGAAGCACGAGUGCCAGAUCGAAUUGCCGCAGUGGCUCGAGGCAUCGGAGCUGGAGACCAUGUGCAAGGAAGAACGAGCCGAACCCCUGAAGUUCAGCAACGUGCCGCGACACUACAUUGAGAUUGCGGAGGCUUUGUUGGCCAUUCCAAGGGCCUGGGGUAGCGAGUCAGCUCGUGAGAAGAGCCUGCUGAUGCUGACCAAGCUGAUCCAGAUCAGACGCGCAAAGAUUUUGGAAGGCAUUCAGGCGUUUGAUGCGACCAUGUCGACAGAGUUCAAAGUCACCGGCAUGUCUGCCGCGGAAAUCACCUGCUUCCGAACUCGUUCGCUGGCCUUCCUGGACACGAUGCUGGAGCUGCUGAACUAUAGACUCGACGAGUCGGAGAAGGGCGGGGUGGCAGAGGCUCCAGUUGAGGAGGCAGACGAUGAAGAUACUCUCUAUGCCAUCGAAGAGCAAGUCACCCGAGAUUGGCUUCUCCUUAUGAAGGAGUCCUCGGAGGAAGGCCAACCCUGA